AUCAUUUAUGGAGUAUUUAUAACUUUACAACUGGGUCUUUAACAGUUUGGUAAAUCUAAUGGCGGCAGCCAUAUUCCGGAGUACCCGACAUGACUGUGGAGCAGUCUUCACUUUCUCGACAAGAUUACCAGCCUGCGACAGGAGACGCUAAGACGUAUGCACAGAUCCAGGAAAUCACGGGUAUUGAGGACGCGCAUGUGAUUAACGAAGCUAUAAAGGCGUGUACGGACAGCCAUGGCAUGUUCAAACUGGAGGAAGUUGUCAGCAUGUUAACUGAGGACCCUCACAGUGCCAAGAAGCUGGCGAAGUCGUCGGGUCUAACCAAUGGUCAGCACGGCCGAGACGUGCCGGAUGCGUUGCCAGGAUUACAGUCCGGUGCUCUCAACCAGAGUGGGGAGUUACCCAGGCAGAUGGCGGCCGGGCCUCACGGUGAAGACCCUAGUCAAACUGCGAAAGCUUCUCAAGCAAGCGAGGCAGUCAUACAUGCUCGCCAGCCAGGUGUUAUAGAUCUGACGAGCGAGGUUUCUGAGGGUGAUGAACUGCAGAAGGCGAUCGCAGCCAGUCUGCAGGAUACGCCAGGCAUUUUGGGAGGUCAGGUCACGCGAGAGGAACAAGAUAUUAGUAGAAUACUAGAAGCCAGUCUAGCGGAAAGCAAGGCCGGUACGAAGAGAAAGCGUGGAGAACUGUGGUUUGUGGAUCCACUGAACCCACACGAGCGGAAGCGACAGGAGGGGUGGCCAGUCGGGCUCAAGAACGUGGGAAAUACCUGUUGGUUUAGUGCUGUGAUACAGUGUCUCUUUCACAUACGGAAAUUCCGUCAGCUAGUUUUAAACUUUCAUUUACCGGGAGAAACGUUGCAAUCAGAUAGCAGCAUACUGGAGAGAAGGAAUAUUAGAUUUAUGCAUGAACUUCGCCGCUUGUUUGCCUUGCUGCUUGCCUCGAACAAAAAAUAUGUCGAUCCAUCCAAGCCUGUUGAUAUUCUGAAAGAAGCCUUUUCUUCUCCGUCAGGCGCUACUGAUAGCCAACAGGACGUGAGUGAAUUCCAACACAAACUCCUGGAGUGGCUGGAGGAUGCGUUUAAGUGCAGUUCGUCGCGACCAGGGUCUCCCUGUGAAGCGACUGCAAGCUGCUCGAUGCGCACCGAACCAGAUACUCGAAAUCCGGUUGUUGAGCUGUUUUAUGGUCAGUUCAAGGCAGAGGGUUAUAAUGAAGGUAAGAUGUUUACCAAUCAGGAGACGUUUGGUCAGUUUCCUCUGCAGGUGAACGGUUUCCUUGACAUUCACGAGAGUCUAGAGGGUGCCACCGCUCAGGGUGAGAUCGAGGCUGUCAGUAGUGCUGUUACACAGAAGUCGGGUCAGGAGCUCUGGUUUUCAAGACUUCCUCCUGUGUUAACGUUUGAAUUGUCCCGUUUCCAGUUCAACCAGCAGCUGGGACGUCCUGAAAAAAUCCACAAUAAAAUCCACUUUCCUCAAGUUAUCUACAUGGACAGAUAUAUGGAAAUAAACAAGAAAAUCACACGGCUAAGACGAGAAGAAUCUAAAAAGUUGAAGGAGCAGUUACAUUUUCUACAAAAGAAACUAGACAAAUUUGUAUGUUACGGGUCUGGCAGUAAGAGAUUUCCACUGCAUGAGGUUUUAUCAUAUGCACUAGAAUUUGCACAGAGUAAACCUGACAGUGUACCACAGGACGUUGAGAUGGAAUCUCCCAAGCCCUGUGCUAGUUCUCUGUCUGAAUCUCCAGUGAAGUGUUGUGGUCCCCCUGACGUCACGAUGACGUCCCCCCACAUCCGCUCGCCAGUCAAGCGAACUCUCCCGCCGGUAGCCAUCCCUUGCCCCCGCCACGUCAGUGACGAUGAGCUUCAUGUCCUAGAAAACUGUCUUCACAGAUGGCGCAAAGAAGUGGAGAGCGAUGUUAGAGAACUUCAGGAAAACAUCUCCCAGCUGGAGUCAAAGAUAGAUUUAAUGUACAGUGACGCUGCCAUGCAGAAGUUCCCUUAUCACCUGCAUGCGGUGUUGGUUCACGAAGGCCAGGCCGUGUCGGGUCACUACUGGGCGUACAUCUUCGACACGAAUCGCAACAUGUGGCUUAAGUUCAACGAUAUCACCGUGUCCGAGUCGUGCUGGGAGGAACUCGAGCGAGAGAGCAUUGGCGGCUAUCACAACGCCAGCGCAUAUUGCCUGAUGUACGUCGAUAGAUCAAAACUACAGUUGCCCGACAGUAACGUCGAUAGAUCCAGAGUACAGUCUGGUGACGGACGAAGUGUGAAGAGCACAGACAUGAUACCAUCGGGCAGCCUACUCGACUUUGUGAUGGAUGACAACAAGAAGUUUGCCAAGGAGAUCUUUGACUGGGACUCUGAGCAAGCAAGGAAAGCGGCUGCCGGUGGCGACAACGAGAUGACCAUGGGUCCUGAAAACAAAACAGCUCACACGACUGGUCCACACAUUGAGUACUCUGCCCAGCAUGCCCAGCUGUCACUGGAGGACACGCUGUCUGCUGUCCGUCUCGUGCUGCAACAGACAGCGAUAACACCCGAUGAGGCCGUCCAGACAGCUAUGAACAAUGAACUGAGGAGACUGAACGAUCUCGCAGGUCGGCUAUCGUCAGAGCUGUUACCGGACGACGACCCUCGACUGAAGCAUAUCGUCCUGUACCUGAUCGUGAACUGCGCAGAUGAGGUCAUCACCAGCCUAGUCAUGUUGGAGCAGUUCUCACAGAUGAAGACACUAGACCAGGAGCCCAGGUCAAAAAGGUUGCGAGCUGCUGCAGUGGAAGGAUUUUGUCAGAAGACAAAAGAAAUUAAUGAUGAUAACAUCCGCGCUUCGCAUGAUGCGUGGCAUCGCAAGUUUCACCAUUAUAGAGAGACUGUUUAUCUGUUUGUUACUGGUCUUGAUGCCUUCUACAAGGAGAGAUAUCAAGAAGCUAUGCCAUACUUACACUUGGCAUGGUUCCGGAACAACGAGUUAAUCAGCAAUAAGACUGAAACACUUGGCUUGAGUAAAAAGAUGACUGCAUACUUCCAAAGAAUCUGCCUUGAGAAAGUGAAUGCUCUCACCGCUGAACAGUUUGAGUCGAGCGACGUGGAUCUGGCCGGCAUCCUGACGACGAUGAACAACGUCAUCAUUCCCAUCAUGCCCGCCUUGUUCCAGUCGGGCUUCGCGGAAGACACGGGCAGCGCGGAGGAGAUGAGGGAGAAGUGGUGCUCGUUUCUCGGACAGGAUCUCAGCUCUGUGAAGGUUGAAAAACUCCAAGACUUUCUUUCCAAGUUGUUUGAGCCGUCUGCCGAUGUGCGGCCCAACUACAAAGUGAGAAUCCAGAUCGGUGAACUGUCCGAGUUGUACAACCAGUACAGGACAGUGAUGACCAUCGCCAGACAGAAGCACGACCUUGACAAAGCUAGAUAGGUGGUCGCCAAGGCGAUGGGCAUCGUGUGUUCUUCUCACAUCUGUACAAAACACCAUCCAAUAUAACCAACCUGAAAAGGGUCACCUCCAAGUAAUGCUCCUAGUGCGUGGUCUAGUCUCAGCUACGGUGAUUGGCGCGGUAACAGCAGCACGUGGAAUCAUUUGCUAAGUGGCAGAGGUUGUGCGGUAUUAGAGAUCCAUUGAAUCGUUUGCUAAGUGGUAGAGGUUGUGCUGUAUCAGAGAUCCAUGACAACGGUUGUGCGGUAUCAGAGAUCCAUUGAAUCGUUUGCUAAGUGGCAGAAGUUGUGCGGUAUCCGAGAUCCGUGGAAUUGUUUGCUAAGUGGCAGAGGUUGUGCGGUAUCCGAGAUCCGUGGAAUUGUUUGCUAUGGUACAGGUUGUGCAGUAUCAAAUCCAUGGCAGAGGUGGUGCGGUAUCAGAGAUCCAAUGAAUCGUUUGCUAAGUGGCAGAGGUUGUGCGGUAUCAGAGAUCUGUGGCAGAGGUUGUGUGGUAUCAGAGAUUCGUGGAAUUGUUUGUCAAGUGGCAGAGGUUGUGCGGUAUCCGAGAUCCGUGGAAUCGUUUGCCAAGUGGCAGAGGUUGUGCGGUAUCUCAGAUUCGUGGAAUCGUUUGCCAAGUGGCAGAGGUUGUGCGGUAUCCGAGAUCCGUGGAAUCGUUUGCCAAGUGGCAGAGGUUAUGCGGUAUCCGAGAUCCAGGGAGCAGCCGUUGAUGCGGAGGACCGUAAACCUUAACUCAUCUAUGCACUGAUUCUCACACAGGGACACUUACAGGAGUCCAAUACUUUCGCAAAAAAACAACAACCGUAUGGCCUUAACAAGGUGAUGCUUGUGAUACCUGGGACAUGGAUCUUAGAUGGAUCCUCUGGGAUCAUUGUUACUGUAUACAGCAAGAGGUGAUGCAUGUCCACUGCUGUGAUACGGGAGUUACGUACUCGACACUGGUGUUACGUAUUCGACACUGGUGCUGCGUACUCGACACUGGUGUUGCAUACUUGACUCUGGUGUUGCGUACUCCACACUGGUGCUGCGUACUCCACACUGGUGUUGCGUACAUGACACUGGUGUUGCGUACUCAACUCUGCUGUUGCGUACUCGACAGUUACAUACUCCACACUGGUGUUGCGUACUCCACACUGGUGUUGCGUACUCGACUCUGGUGUUGCGUACUCGACGGUUACAUAUUCAACACUGGUGUUGCGUACUCUACGCUGUUGUUAAGUACAAGACACUGGUGUUACGUACUCCAUGCUGGUGUUACGUACUCGACACUGGUGUUACGUACACGACGCUGGUGUUGCGUACACGACGCUGGCAUUGUGUACUCCACACUGAUGCUUUCAUAGACGGGGAGAGAAUGUCACUUUAUCCUGGAACUAAAUCUCUCUAACAAAACUGAUACUUUCACAGACAGAGAAAAUGUCACUUUAUUCUAGACUUAGAUCUCUAAACAUACUUGACACUGAUACUUUCAUAGUCAAUGAUUCACUGGCUGUUGGCGUGUGUGGUUAAUACUACACAUAAAGCAGUUUCUAAUGUCCUUUCCAUGACCUUUAUACUUGGAAGUAAUGACAUAAUUUUCUGAGGUUUAUUGAUGGAUAACAUUGUGGGUUUUUUAAACAAUGUCCAAUUGGAAUAGACGUAUAACAGUAGAAAGUUUAUAACUGUAUAAUCGAAAUAAAACCGCAAUAAUCAUCCAUAGUGCAGAAUGCCACGUUCUUGAUGGAACUUGAUGUCAAGACUUUUACCAAGUACGAUAACCGAGGCCAUGUCAAAGACGUACUGGGACAUGAAAUUAAUAUUCACUAUCACUAUCAUUGUGCAACUUUGGUGUCUGUAACUAUCUGCAUUUUGACAACACCUAAAAGGAGAAGGUUUUAGCUGCUUUUACUGGUUCAAGGACUUUGGGAAAAAUAAAUGCCCAUGGAUUUUCCAAUAUAAAGAGACUUUUAAUAUAGGACACUGUGUGUAAAGUGAAACAUUGAAGCUACUAUGGUGACAACUAAUUAACCGCCUGUCCUGUUAGUCUGUAAAAAGUGAUAGGUCUUAAAGCUUGUUUUUAAUUACUACAGCGUCCUGGGAGAUCCUGUGGUUGAAAGGAUACUAUAUCUUGUUAUCCUGAGAUAUAUUUAUUGUGUGCACCAUAAUAACCAAACAUUUACAAGUAGACAUUUAAGCUUAAUGGAACCGUGUGUGUGUGCAGACUUAUAUUUACACAAAAUAGCUGUUGAAACGACAGCAAAGCCUGUAUGUUAUAAAUUAUCGAAACCAUUAUAUAUAAAUCUUUUUUUUUCUUUUUUAAAAAUUUCAGUCUGUUUUUAAAUACAGAUUUACCAACUA